GGAAUGUUGCAGUGUGUGGGUUAUACAUUGGGUUAGUUGUGUUGUUUACGAAACAUUCAUAUGUAAAUUAAAGAGUUAUUGAGCUUCCCACGUUUGUCAUGUAAAUUAAACAAUACGCGUGAUUAUUAACUUCUGUGAGUGCUUUCAAAAAUGGAUGGAAAUUCAAAGUUUUACGAGGGCUGCGGACAAGAAGGCCCGAUUCGCUGCAUAUUCUUGUGUGAAUUCCAUCCAACAGCUGGUCCACGUAUAACAUGCCAAGUGCCCGAGGAUUAUAUUUCCAAAGAAAUUUUCGACACAGUGAGCCACUACAUCAUACCGAAAGUGCAGUUGCAGAGAUGCACUUUGACAGUAACUCUUCUCGGCUCAAAGAUAUUGGGAUUCCCUGUGCGGAUAGAUAAUAAGAAAUAUGCUCGUAAUGCAUACUACUUCAACCUCUGUUUUGUGUGCGAUGCCUGGGCGAGGACAGUACAUUUAGAGCCCCUAGUCAAAAAACUGACUGAAUAUCUUCUCUCAAUGGAAUUAGAAACGGAAUGGCUAUCGAAGCAGUCGCUAUCUGGUGAUGCAAAGGCACUCAGUGGUCUCAUGAGACAGGUCAUGCAAGACAUCAACAGCAGAAGGAUGUGCACUCUCACUGUGGGCACCACCACCACGCACUUGACCGUGGUGCGAGUGAACAGCGACCCGGCGCCCGUGAAGGACCACCAAGUGCCCGUGUUCCUCUACAGCCGGCAGUCUUUCGUCGCUGACCAGUGGGACUUGACCACGAAUCAGAUUUUACCGUACAUUGACGGUUUCAACCACGUGUCCAAGAUUGCCGCGCUCACUGAUGUGGAAAUCAGCUUGGUCCGGGCGUGCGUUCAGAACUUAGUCUACUAUGGUGUGGUCACGCUGGUGCCCAUAUUUCAGUACUGCGCGGUGUACAGUGCCACGCCCAAGUUGAGGCAGCUGACCCGAUGUCCCGGUCUGCAGAGACAAUGCGUUGAGUUUUGCGCUAGAUCGCCCCGGCAGCUGCCGAAGGUGAGCGACCUGUUCCGCAUGUACGCGGGCAUGACGUACGGCAGCACGAUCCGCGACCUGUGCCGCCGCGUGCGCCCGCAGGAGCUCGCCAUCAACGAGCGGAAGCUGGUGCUGUUUGGCGUGCUCGAAGGACUCAUUCGGCGGGUCUAUAAGUACCCAGUGACGCUCCACAGCGACUCGGCGUCGAGCCGCAGCGCGCCGAGCGCGUGCGCGCGCUCCUACAACGGGCUCGUGUGCCUCGACGAGCUGUGCUGCCAGAGCGGCGUCUCCGUCUCGCUCAUCGAGGAGCAGAUGGAGAGGGACAGCGAUGUCGUGUUCAUUGUCAAAUAGUGUAGCCCGUUGGCUGGGUUAUAGUGAUGAGGGAUGGUAGUGCUACUCUAAUUAGCCAGGUUAUACAACUGUCUUUGAAGAACAGAUGAAGAAACGGCGAUGUCGCGUUCAUUGUCAAAUAGUAGAGUGCGUUGGCUGGGUUAUAGUGAUCGGGGAUGGUAGUGCUACUUUAAUUGUCCGAGUUAUUUCUUAUUGAUGAUCAGAUGAAGCAACGGCAAUGUCGUGAUUAUUGUGAAAUAGUGCGUUGAUCGAAAUCAAUCGGGUUCUUGUAACAUACUCAAAUUGGGUGGAACGGGAUACGCAAAUUGUCCGGGUUAUUUCGUCUCACGUAUCCAGGGGCAGUGGAAUGGGUUCUUUGUUUAAUCGUGCUUCCAAAGUUGUCUGCGUUAUUGUGACUCGCUUAUUGAGAACAGAUGGAGAGAACGGUAUUGUGUUCAUUAUUAAAUAGUGCUUCUCAAAUUGGUCAGUUUAAUUAUAAUAUUUGUCUAUAUUGUGGACUGUGAAAGAGACAAGACUGUGGAGUUAAUUAGAAAUGAGUAGAAUAGUAAAUAUUUAGUGGUACUUUUUCUAGAUGUGGUUUGCAACUGUGCAAAAUUGUGGGAUUCGUUUUGGAAGUGUAGCUAAAAUAGACGAGAUGUACCUACAUUAAAAUAUUAAAUGUAAAUUGUAAACAGACUGGUUGUAAUAUAAGACUUUGGGAAGACCGAAGUUGUGACGUAAUUCAAAGAAAAUUAAUUAACUGGGAAAGUAUCUUAAGGGUGGAUAUUAGGAUUAUAUUUCUUAUUGGAAAUUGUUAU